AUGGUUAUCUAUUAUAGUGUAUACAACAAACCAUCUGAUUUUGCGAUUGAGCGAUGGAAUGGGCGUGAUUUUGAUUCAUGGAUUAAUGGAAAUCCGACGUAUUUUUAUGAAAUUCCCGAGGUUACGAUAAAUAAUGCAGAAUUUUUAUCCGAGGAAUUAUUCGGCAAUCUCAUGAAGAUCGACUUGAUGGAUAAUCUUAAAAAAAUUAAUGGUUAUUCAGCCAAGUUAAGAGAAUUUAACAAAGAAGUAUUGAUUUUUGCGUCCAGCACCCUCUCGUAUUUUUCUAAAAAUCACAAAGAAUUUGUUAAAGAAUGGAAGAAUGAUAUUGAUCCGAAAAAUAAUCUAGUUGAUCUUCAUUUAAGUUUUAUCGAUAAAUCUAUCGAAGAUUGCAAAAAUUUUGAUAAUAGGUUUAGGGAAUUCUAUAAAUUUCUUGACAGUGGAAUUAAGGGACUUGAAGAGUGCCUACAAAAAAUUAAAGAUAAAGCGGACAAAACAAUAUAUGCCCAAACGUUAGAAAAAAAGAAGAGGGUUGACGAAUGGCAUCUGAAAUCCAGUGAACUCCUUCAUCUUACAAAUUAUAAGAAGGUAAAUUAA